CUUCACACCCGGACUCCCAUCAUAGAAAUGGCAACGUCGCAAUCCAACCAUCAAGAUGAGGCACAGGCGCCUCCUUACCCCUCCUACGAGGAGAUUCGGAGUGAUAUUUCACUUGUUCAGCCCACUGUCGAUGGCACCCCUGUAUCGAAGAUGCCACUUUACGAGCCCAAGGUUUCGUCAAUCACCGUAUCUGUCUGGGACCUUGACCUUUGGGAGAAUGAUUGGCUCGACGAACAUGACCAACACUCCUCGCCAAGUGGAGGUGAGGGUGAGCCAAACGCUCGGUAUGGGCGACUACCCGAUCUCGGACUAGAAGGUGGAGAAAGAGAAGAGGAGGAGGAAGAGGAUGAAGACUAUGAUCCAAAUAUACAGCUGUUGAUAUGCUGUGGCGAAAUACGACCACAUGGGAAAGAUGUGAAAUUGGUGGUAAAGCCUGCUACUGGAGGAGAGGGGUUUGUCACUGUUCACGACUAUGUAUCAGCAUUGCACCCUUGGCUCAUGAACAUGAAGGAAGACAUAGUGAAUGCUAAAGGUGUACUAGACCAGCCUGUGCCACCGGUGACGGAACUACUUGUUGAUUGUACUCCACUGGAGCAUGUAGUUAUUAACUAGCGCAACACAAUUUUCUUCCCCUGGCUGAAGAAUAUAC